CUGACCAAAACGUACGGCAACUUCACGGCCGUCGACCACAUCUCCUACGGUGUGAAACGGGGCGAGUGUUUCGGUUUGUUGGGAGUGAACGGCGCCGGAAAGACCACCACUUUUAAGAUGAUUACAGGCGAUGAGACCAUAUCUAGCGGUGAUAUCUACGUGAAUGGCUGUAACGUCAAGAGUUCCAUACAGGAGGUCCAGCGCCAGAUCGGCUACUGUCCCCAGUUUGAUGGCCUACUGGAGCAGUUGACGGGUAGGGAAACUCUGAUCCUGUUCUGCAGACUUAGAGGAAUAAAAGAGUACGACAUCGAGAGACACAUCCAGGAGAUCAGUAAACUGUUGUACUUUGACAUGCAUUUGAAUAAACUGGUGAAGAACUACAGCGGCGGUACGAAACGCAAACUGAGUACAGCUGUGGCUCUGUUGGGCAACCCAUCGGUGAGCUUCUUGGACGAGCCGACCACUGGCGUGGAUCCAGUGGCCCGAAGGUGUCUGUGGGACGCGUUGACUAAGAAGCUAUCGGAGGGCCGAUCCAUAGUCUUGACC